UGUGUGUGUGUGUGUGUGUGUGUGUGUGUGUGUGUGUGUGUGUGUGUGUGUGUGUGUGUGUGUGUGUGUGUGUGUGUGUGUGUGUGUGUGUGUGUGUGUGUGUGUGUGUGUGUGUGUGUGUGCGCGUGCGUGUGUGUGUGCGUGCGUGUGUUCUUACUCCCAACCCUAAUGAAGUACAACGUUAUUGUCUCAAAGUUUUCUAUGUUUACUAUUCUCCUCUUACAUGAUAGAACAUUAUCUUUGUGACGAUGAAGAUGAUAAGCAUAAUGAAUAGUCUGCUUCAUUUCAGAGGACAGUGUGGCGGCCCUGAGUGUGGUCGAUGUGUCCGAGUGGGCCGGUGAACCGGUGGUCCCCGAGGUCUCCCUCGUCCCCGGGACCACGGACUCCGUCUCCAUGGUUACAGAGGUGGCUGGCCUCCAGAAGGAAGGAGGGCUGGAUUCAAAAAGUGAGAGACCCGUUCGGACCCAUGUUCCUGUCUCUGGCCCCCUCAGUCCUCUUCAGGGGAGUACUGGUCCAAGGCGGCUCAAGCUGGGCACAGCCCAGAUCAGCCUGGUUCCUAGCCUGCCUUCUGGUCCGACCCUUACCUGGAUGCCUAGCCGCACCCAUGUCCCUCAGAACCUACACAGAGAAAAAACUCCCAGAGUUUCCAUCAAGGAGCUGACGUGGUUUCCUCCCGCCGAGCUGAACCCAUCUAUAAAGAAGGAAAGCAAACAGGAGGAGAAGAGGAAGAAGAAGACGGUGAGCCUCCAUGAACGCCUGGUCCUCACCGGAUCAGAUCCAGACGUUGACCCGGGCCGCCCCAGACCAGGGGACAACCCUUCCUUCUCCUCCUCCUCCUCCUCCUCCUCCUCUUCCCUCCGUGGACACCACUUCCUUCCCCUUCCCCCCGACAGUCGAACGGUGGUCUCCGAGCCCCAGGUGAAAGACCGGCUGCGACGUCUGUCCAGUGCCGCAGUCAACCAUGCGACCCAGGAGAGGGCGUGGAGUCUCAAAGUUCUGUCUGACUCCUGCCACGUCACCUAA